UUUUGAGUGCCAUAGAGAUCGAUGUAUCUUUAAAAAAGAAACUUAUUUCAUGGGAUUAAAAACAACGUUCUAUCGUCCUCUGGUCGGCCACGUGCAGGCACACUACAGGUACUACUGCUCUCAAACCCCCCCUAUGGUAAAACGGUGCUCAACUUUUCCUGAGCUUGUUGUCGCUUGAAGGCGUAAAGACAUUGGAUGAGCAGGGUGCAAAGAUUCACUGUAGCGAGAGUCCGGUUCCGAAGCGCGCAUGCAUUUCAGCACCUCGGACAGCGCACGGCGCCACAGUGGCGAUGCGUGGAUUCAACCGGUGGCUUUCAGCCAGACCAGGACCUCUCAGCUGAAUGUUACGUAAAGAAAACUCUGUGCUCCACAUGUGGGAAAGGAUUUGCUUUCUGGAUCACUCGGACUUGUGCUUUUUGUUCUUUCUCAUACAAAGCGCCUCCGUCGAGUAGGCUACAUCGUGCUGGUAGGCGUGCCGCUGGAUAAGUGGUUGACUCCAGAAGCCGUGCUGAGCAGCGUGGAAUAGUUGACUGUCAUACGGGCGGAGUGGUGUGGUGGUGCCUUAGAGACCCUCCAUUUGUAAGGAUGCUGGUGGGAAAUGCCUGGAGACAGAGAUGACGAGAUUUGUCAAAAGGCACUUGAACUCCUGUCAGAUCUUUGUUCGAAGGGGGAAGUGCAGAACGAAAACUGUCUGGAUUUUAUCUACUAUUUCCGAGACCUUGCCAGGCCACGCUACACGGAUUCAGAUAUAUCGGUGAGUCUGUUGUCACUGGUAGUGACUGCCUGUGGCCUGGCCCUGUUUGGGGUCUCCCUCUUUGUCUCCUGGAAGCUCUGCUGGAUACCAUGGAGAGAGCGUGGGCUCUCUCCCACCACCAAAGAGGCCCAUGGGCACCUCAACCCCACUAUGAGUCCCCUACCUUCGCAGCUUGCACCCAGGCAGCCAGUUUACACAGCUGUGGACCCCCCGGCGCACAACCGCCGUGAGUCUUCGCAGUGCUCCAUGGCCAGAGAGCCCACUUCUGUGGCAUCGGUUGUAUCAGUGCAGGCUCCUAUGACUCCAGUAUCACCACCACCUGUGGUUAUGGCCACACCUGAGGCAGCUAUGAAGAUCAGUCACACAUCUCCAGACAUCCCAUUGGACGCCCAGAGUAAAGGCCAGGAAAACGGGGUUCACACUAACCCUCGUAUGCAGAGACAGACCACUGAACCCCGACCAUCUGGUUGCUCAAUAUCUGAAAUUGGACAGGGGUCCAUUCGCAGACAUAUGAACCUGUCUAACCCUGACUUCAAUGUGGCCCAGUUCCAAAGGCAGGACUCACUCACUGGAAUGGGGCUGGGCCUUGGCCGUCUCAAACCUGAGCUCUACAAGCAGCGCUCCCUUGAAGGGGAUGAAGGCAGUCGCAGAGGAGGAGGCUGUGGACGCCUCCACUUCAUCCUCAAAUUUGACUGUGACCUGGAACAGUUAAUAGUUAAGAUCCACAGAGCAGAGGACCUCCCAGCUAAGGACUUUUCUGGUACCUCUGACCCGUAUGUUAAGAUCUACCUGCUACCUGAUCGUAAGACCAAGCACCAGACCAAGGUGCAUCGCAAGACGCUGAACCCUGUGUUUGAUGAGGUCUUCCUGUUUCCUGUGGCGUACUCAGAGCUUCCCACACGUAAGCUGCACUUCAGUGUCUAUGACUUUGACCGCUUUUCCCGCCACGAUAUUAUUGGCCAAGUGGUUGUGGACAACUUCAUGGAUCUGGAAGAUUUCCCAAGGGAGACAAAACUCUGCCGGGACAUCCAGUAUGUCUCCUCGGAUAAUGUGGACCUCGGGGAUCUGAUGUUUUCACUCUGUUACUUGCCUACAGCAGGCAGACUGACCAUCACCAUGAUAAAGGCCCGCAAUCUCAAGGCCAUGGAUAUCACUGGUGCAUCUGAUCCAUACGUGAAGGUUUCAUUGAUGUGUGAUGGUCGCAGGCUGAAAAAGAGGAAGACAUCAACAAAGAGGAACACUUUGAAUCCAGUUUACAAUGAAGCCAUUGUGUUUGAUGUCCCUCCAGAAAACAUAGAGCAGAUCAGCCUCUUGAUUGCAGUGAUGGACUAUGACCGUGUUGGCCACAAUGAGGUCAUUGGGGUGUGUCGAGUAGGCAACGAUGCAGACAACCUGGGUCGAGACCACUGGAGUGAAAUGCUCACAUAUCCUCGAAAACCUGUCGCCCACUGGCAUCCUCUGGUUGAGUACCAAGGGGCCACUAGUAGUAGCCAAGGAGGAUCCUGUAAUUCUCUGAAGACACCUCCCUCACCGUAGUAUUGACCAACAAUUCACAUAAGAGCACCAAACAAACGGAAGCCCCCCAGAUGCAUCCUUUGACAGUGGAGCUGCUGAGGGCUGCACACAUACGGUCUUGGAAGAAGAAAGCAGACACUGAUAAAUACUAUGGAACAAGAGACACAAACUGUUUUGAGCUCUGCUCAGCUGGCUCAGUUGCAUGUUGAAUGACGACAAAGAUGGGUGUUUGCUUUUCUAUAAUGUUCGAUAAGAAAAAGAGCAGGCAUAGGCAAACAUUUUAGGUCUGUGCUAUUCCUGGGUUUAUACAGUAGGUACAGUAUUUUUUUUUUUUUUACAUUGUCUUGUUACUUGUUCUAAUGAGGUGAGUCCGUAUUUGCAAAACCUUCUAACAAGCAGUCGAACUGCCAUAUAGUUUUUUUAAUUUGGUGGUGAAUUGGUGCAUGAGGUCAUGGUUUGGUGCGAUAUCUUCUCCUUGUUUGUUUGUUUCUGUUGCUAUAUUGGGAAUACGAUGUGUUGUUCUGUCAGAUGAUGUGCAGUGAUGGUUAAUUUCCAGACAAAGUACC